AUGCGCUACUACUUCCGGGACAAACGACGUUCCCUGUUUCAUCAGCUAGCUGAUCCAGAAGCGGCGCUAGCAGCAAUUAAAGACAAAGUGAUACCGAAAAGGAAUGUGAUUAUAGACCGUCUGGACUUUUUCUCCGCUGGACAAUCGGCUAGUGAAUCGAUCGAUGACUUUUGCGCCAGAUUAAGAGUGCUAGCUAAAGUGGCUAAACUGGGGGUGCUGGAAAAGGAACUUUUGGCAUACAAAGUGGUAACAGCGAAUAAGUGGCCUCAGCUUCGAACGAAAAUGCUGACGAUAACGGACAUCACCCUCGAAAAAGCUGUUGAUUUGUGCAGAGCAGAAGAAAUUGCUGCUAAAAGGUCACAUGAACUCGGAAUCUGCACCGAAGUGAAUAAAGUGGUUAAAACAAAAGGAUCGAAGCAAAAGUCAUUGCGAUGCAAGUUCUGCGGUGAUAUGCACGAGUUCGCGAAGGGUGUUUGCCCAGCCUUGGGCAAAAGGUGUCACAAGUGCAAGGGAAAAAAUCACUUCGAAAAAGUGUGCAAAUCCGGCGGCAAGCUGAAGAGCCGGAAGCAAAGAAGAGUGAAAGAAGUGAAAGAGGACAACAGUGGUUCAGAAUCGGAAAGUGAUACGGAAAGUGAACUGUCACAAGAAGAAUCGAGUGAAGAAUACGAAAUUGGCAAAAUCUAUGACAAUUCAAACAGUGGUGGAAGUGUUAUGGCAGAACUGAAUCUGAAAUUCAACGAAGCUUGGGAGAAUAUUUUGUGUGAGUUGGAUACCGGUGCUAAUACCAGCCUUAUCGGAUAUGCAACUCUUGCAAAGCUGUCGGGAGUUCGAGAACCAACGCUACUUCCAUCUAAAUUGCGUCUGCAAAGCUUUGGUGGUAGCCCAAUCAACGUCCUUGGACAAGUGAAAAUACCAUGUCGCCGCCUGGGGAAGAAGUUUCUUCUAGUGCUACAAGUGGUCGACGUCGAUCACCGGCCCCUUUUAUCGGCGCGAGCUUCCAAGGAGCUCGGACUCGUUAAGUUUUGUAAUACGGUGACGUUCAUCAAUCAGGAUCCGACUAAGCAAGUAACAGAAUCAGACAGACUGUUCAACAUCUAUCGUGUAGAGGCGCUGAAAAUCAUCGAACGUCACGAAGAAUUAUUCACAGGAUAUGGCAAGCUUCCGGGGACGGUUAAGUUGGAGCUGGAUCACGACGUCAAGCCAUCAAUACAACCACCACGUCGUGUGCCUAUUGCCAUGAGAGGUAAGCUGAAGCAGGAAUUGGAAUCUCUCGAGAAAGACGGCAUAAUUACGAAGGAAACAAGCCACACGGACUGGGUCAGCAAUAUAGUCGUUGUCCAACGCGGUGGAAAGGAUUCAGCAGUCAGAAUUUGUUUGGAUCCAAUUCAUCUGAACAAAGCGCUCAGGAGACCAAAUCUACAAUUUGUAACGCUGGACGAAAUACUGCCGGAGUUGGGGAAGACAAAAGUUUUCUCGACAAUGGACGCUAGAAAAGGUUUCUGGCAUAUAGAACUGGACGAGCAGAGCAGUAAAUUGACCACGUUUUGGACUCCGUUCGGGCGUUAUCGCUGGACACGCCUUCCGUUUGGAAUUGCCCCAGCACCAGAGAUUUUUCAGAUCAAGCUACAGGAGGUGAUUGAAGGUCUGGAUGGAGUGGAGUGCAUUGCGGACGAUCUUCUGGUGUACGGAGUUGGAGAGACCAUCGAAGAAGCAUUAGCGAACCAUAACAGAUGUCUCGAAAAGUUGCUUUGCCGACUGCAGUGCCACAAUGUCAAGCUCAACAGGUCCAAGCUGAAAUUGUGCGAGAGGUCAGUGAAAUUCUAUGGACACCUACUCACCGACGAGGGCCUCAAGCCAGACGAUUCGAAGAUCGAGGCGAUCCGUGAAUAUCCGAGACCGUCAAACCGGAAGGAAGUUCACAGAUUUAUUGGAAUGGUGACGUAUUUGGGUCGUUUUAUUCGGGAUUUGAGCGCCAACUUGACAAAUCUACGGAAGCUCAUACCGGAGACACAGCCCUGGAAGUGGACAUCGGUAGAAGAAAACGAGUUCAACCAAGUGAAGGCACUAGUGUCGGACAUAGGAACGCUUCGAUACUAUGACGUGAAUCAACCCAUUACAAUCGAGUGCGAUGCUAGCUGCAUUGGCCUCGGUGUAGCCGUGUUCCAACAAGAGUCGGUAAUAGGAUAUGCGUCGAGAACACUAACAUCAACGGAGAAGAACUAUGCCCAGAUCGAAAAAGAACUGCUGGCUAUAGUCUUUGCAUGCGUUCGAUUCGAUCAGUUGAUAGUGGGUAACCCAAAGGCAACUGUAAAGACUGAUCACAAGCCACUGCUUGCGAUCUUCAAGAAACCCCUCCUAUCGGCGCCCCGUCGUUUACAGCAUAUGCUGCUAAACCUUCAACGCUAUAAUCUCUCUGUUGAGUUUGUCACCGGAAAGAACAACGUUGUUGCUGACGCGUUAUCCCGUGCACCGUCGUUGAACUUUGAACCCCGAGAUGCAUACAGGAAGGAAAACAUUUUCAAGAUUUUCGAGGCUGUUGAAGAUUUGAAAUUGAGCAACUAUCUCUGCGUAACGAGCUCCAAACUGGACGAAAUUAUGCACGAAACAAAAGUGGAUCCAACGAUGCAGCUGCUAAUCCAAUACGUUCGGCAUGGGUGGCCGGACAGUGCUGAAGGUGUUCCAGACAGUGUUAAAGUGUACUACGGACAUCGGGACGAAAUUUCCACUCAAGAUGGACUAAUCUUCUGCAACGAUCGUAUCCUGAUACCCCAUAUCCUGCGAAAGAAGCUGGUUGAAAGUUGCCACGCAAGCCACAACGGCGUGGAAGCAACUUUAAAACUGGCACGAGCUAAUUUGUUCUGGCCGGGUAUGUCAGUUCAAAUCAAGGAUGCGGUAAAAAACUGCAGUGUGUGUGCCAAGUUUUCGUCGUCACAACCUAAUCCUCCGAUGAGAAGUCACGAGAUCCCCGUUCAUCCGUUCCAGCUUGUUUCCAUGGACGUUUUUUUCGCUCAGCUCAAUGGUGUAAAAGGUAAAUUUCUCGUCACCGUUGACCACUUCUCAGAUUUCUUCGAGGUGAACCGAUUGAACGAUUUGAGUCCAGAGUCCGUCGUCGCUGCGUGCAAGCAAAACUUCUGCCGCUACGGAAUACCACAAAGAGUUGUUACAGACAACGGUACCAACUUUACCAGUCAGAAGAUGGUCAAAUUUGCCGCGGAUUGGGAUUUUGAACUGGUUUCAUCUGCGCCGCAUCAUCAGCAGGCCAAUGGAAAAGCGGAGGCGGCAGUCAAGAUCGCUAAACAUCUGAUGAAAAAGGCUGACGAGAGCGGAAGUGACUUCUGGUACGCACUCCUCCAUUGGCGAAACAUUCCCAACAAGAUUGGAUCGAGUCCCGUGGCACGACUAUUCUCACGUUCUACUAGAUGUGGUGUCCCUACAUCCACAGACAAACAGACGUAA